GGGCAAGGGGGAAGAUGUUAUUAAAAAGGCCUUUAAAAGUCUCAGGCACCAAAGAAAAGAUGCAGAAACUUCACCUUCUGGAGUUACUAUCUGGGAUCUCAUCCAGUCUUAGGACUGAGCCCACCCUGACAACCACAUCAGAGUUGUUUCCACAGGAUUCUUUUUGAGCAGAGUCAGAAUGAGUACCUGGAAUCCACCCAGACUCCUGGACAAAGCAGUGAUGAGCCUCCUCAGUGAUGAGGCCUUGGCCAUUUCUGCUCUGGAGUAUCUGCCCAUCGAAUUCUCCCCCCCCACUCUUCAUGGAAGCCUUCUAUGGGAGUUGCAGAGAGACACUGAAGGCCAUGGUGCAAGCUUGGCCCUUUGUCCGCCUGCCUCUGGGGGCACUGAUGGAGAUGCCUCACCUGGGAACCUUACAAGCAGUGCUGGAUGGACUUGAUGUCCUGCUUUCCCAGAAGGAUUAACCCAGGAGGUGCAAACUGCAAGUGCUGGAUUUAAGAAAUACUGGCCAGGACUUCUGGAGAAUGUGGUCGGGAUCCAGUGUCCAGGUGUCCUCAAGCUCAUUAGAAGAACCAGUGGCUAAGAAGAGGCCAAGAACACAUCAGACUUUGGCUCCCUUGGAGGUGUUCAUAGAACUUCACAUCAAUGGAAGGACCAUGGAUGGAUUCCUCGCCUGCCUCAUGAGAUGGGUGGAGGAGAGGAAAGCUUCCAUAUACCUGUGCUGUAAGAAACUAAAGAUAGAGUCAAUGCCCAGAGACAGUAUUAUGAAGAUCUUGAGCAUGGUGCAGCUGGACUGUGUUAAGGAGGUGCAAGUAAAUUGUACCUGGCAGCUGUCCAGCCUGGCUGUGUUUGCUCCUCUCCUGGGCCAGAUGAGCAAUGUGCAGAGACUCCUUCUCUCUCACACAGACGUAUCCACACUUGAAGAUCAGGAGGAGCAGCAUGUUGUCCAAAUUACCUCUCAGUUCCUCAGGCUGCACUACCUCCAGGAUCUCUUUCUGGAAUCUACCUUCUUCCUGGAAGGAUGCCUGGACCAGAUGCUCAGGUGCCUGACAAACCCCUUGGACACCCUUGGAAUAACUCACUGCCUCCUUACGAAUUCAGACUUGAUCCAUCUUUCCCAGUGUCCGAAUAUCAGUCAGCUAAAGGGCCUGAAUCUGAGUGGUGUCACCCUGACCUACUCUAGUCCUGAGCUCCUUCCAGGUCUGCUGGAGAAAGUUGCAGCCACCCUCCAGGAGCUGUACUUAGAUCAGUGUGGGAUCAUGGAUUCGCAACUCGAGGCCAUCCUGCCUCCCCUGAGCCACUGCUUCCAGCUUAAUUUCUUCAGCAUACGUGGAAACUUCCUCUCCAUGGCCAUCAUGGAUAAGAUGCUCCGACACACCUUGGCGCUGCCCAGUUUAUGUCAAGAACUCUACCCUGUCCCUCAGGAGAGUUUCAGCUCUCUGGGAAUCCUCCAACUGGGGAGACUUGCUCAGUGUCGAGCUGAACUGCUUGAGAUUCUGAAGGACUUGGGACGUCCCAGGACCAUCUGGAUUAGUUCCAGCCCCUGUCCUCACUGUGGAGAGGACACAUUCAAUCAUCCUGAGCCCAUAACAUACGGCAGUAACACCUCUGCCUAGUUGGGUGCAUCGAUCAGAAGCUUUCUUCUGAGCAUUUGGAACCUGAAAUCUAUGAUACUGGUACUUUGUGAAGGGAAAAGAGACCCAUGGUUUCAGACAUUUGUUCAGUGUGAAUGUAAAAAGGAAAAGUGAUCCUGCAGGGGUGUAGGACUGCAGAGGGAAUAGCUGAUGCUGAGCAGUAAUGGAAAUUUGUGUACAUGUGUCCUACAGAGUAAGAAUUAUAAACCUAAAUUUCUGAAGGUGGAUUCAAGCUUGUGACCCACAUGUUGGAGCUAUCCCUGGGUAGAUGAUUGUAAAGAAAUAAUCAGAAAUAAAGAGACUGCUCAGUGUAAACCAA